GCUGUAUCCUGGCUGGCCCACCCAGACCGAGACCUGGAGUGGGCUUUGCAAGUGGUUGGUCCGGGCCUCGCACUUCUCCCCGGAACUACCCCGUGCCCUGCCUCUGCAGCCCAAUGGGGUGUGCGAGUGAGGGGCCGCCUGAAGCAUGAUCUGCUGGAGCCCCAGCAACUUGCCUGAAAAAGACCACUCGACCUGGACGAACCCUUUGGCAGCUUCAGACCGUCCUUGAGGAGGAUGACUGAGACAAUAUGGGCCACGCGCUUUGCAUCUGCUCUCGGGGAACUGUCACCAUUGACCAUAAGCGCUACCUCUUCAUCCAUAAACUGGGGGAGGGUGGGUUCAGCUUUGUGGACCUAGUGGAGGGGUUGCAUGAUGGACAGUUCUACGCCCUGAAGCGAAUCCUGUGUCAUGAGCAGCAGGACCGGGAGGAGGCCCAACGAGAAGCAGACAUGCAUCGCCUCUUCCAUCACCCCAACAUCCUUCGCCUCGUGGCUUAUUGUCUGAGAGAGCGAGGCACUAAACAUGAGGCCUGGCUGCUGCUACCCUUCUUCAAGAGAGGUACGCUGUGGAACGAGAUAGAAAAGCUGAAGGACAAAGGCAACUUUUUGACUGAAGAGCAAAUCAUUCGACUGCUGCUGGGUAUCUGCAGAGGCCUUGAGGCUAUUCACGCCAAGGGUUAUGCCCACAGGGACCUGAAACCCACCAAUAUCUUGCUUGGUGAUGAGGGGCAGCCGGUUCUAAUGGACUUGGGGUCCAUGAAUCAAGCAUGCAUCCACGUGGAGGGCUCCCGCCAGGCUCUGGCCCUCCAGGACUGGGCAGCCCAGCGGUGCACCAUCUCCUACCGGGCCCCGGAGCUCUUUUCUGUGCAGAGCCACUGUGUCAUCGAUGAGCGGACUGAUGUCUGGUCCCUAGGCUGUGUGCUAUAUGCCAUGAUGUUUGGGGAAGGCCCUUACGAUAUGGUGUUCCAGAAGGGUGACAGCGUGGCCCUUGCAGUGCAGAACCAGCUCAGCAUCCCACAGAGUCCCAGGCAUUCUUCAGCCUUGCGGCAGCUGCUGACCUCAAUGAUGACUGUGGACCCCCAGCAGCGCCCUCACAUUCCUCUGCUCCUGAGUCAGUUGGAGGUGCUGCAGACCCCGGCUAGGGAUGAGCACACUACCCAUAUCUGAACAAACCUGUGGCCACACUGAGAAGGUGGCCCCCGUGCCUUGGCAAGGAGCCACCCUCCCUCAGUAGAAUCUCCAUCCAUUCAGUCCAGGACCGUGCCCUUGUCACUGGGGGCAGCUAGGGGCUUGGCCUUCUGUCUCUGAUUCUGCUCUCUCACCCCUAAGAGCAGUAACUGGACUGGAGGCCUGCCUAGGUGGGGGUGGGGGAGGGUGGGGGAUGGGGAGAGGGGAACUGAUAGAAUAUAGUCAAGGCUCUGAGCAGGACUGCUGAGCGUACAUCAUGAUCUGCCUCCAAAUCUGGGGGCAGGAGAAUGUAUAAAACAAGAAUAAAGUGAAAGCAGCUUGGUGUGA